AUGGAGGCCGCAAACAUUAAAACCAGGAUUAAAAAUCUCCUGCGCUCGCCGCACAUAAAGCUGCCGAGGAGCCGACGGCUGGACAAAGAAAACCCCACCAACAAGUUAACUCUGGAGAGAGUGCUUGGUAUCACAACUACAGGAAGCAGUGGACUAACGUGUGAUCCAUGCUCCGGGAUUGUCGCGUAUCCUGCUGGGUGUGUAGUAGUGCUACUGAACCCCACAAAGAACCGACAGCAGCACAUAAUCAACACAUCCAGGAAAACUAUCACUGCUUUAGCCUUUUCAUCAGAUGGCAAAUAUCUCGUUACAGGAGAGUGUGGUCACCUUCCUGCGGUGCGGGUUUGGGACGUGGCUGAUGGCUCUCAGGUGGCAGUGCUACAGGAACACAAGUAUGGGGUGUCCUGUGUGGCCUUCUCACCCAACAGCAAAUACAUCGUUAGCAUUGGCUACCAGCACGACAUGAGUGUCAAUGUGUGGGCCUGGAAGAAAAACAUUUUGGUGGCUGCUAACAAGGUGUCCAGUAAGGUGACAGCGGUGUCUUUUUCUGAGGACAGCUCCUACUUUGUGACGGCUGGGAACAGACAUGUCCGAUACUGGUACCUGGAUCCCUGCAACUCCAACAAGCUCACAGCCCCUGUUCCACUGCUUGGCCGCUCAGGCCUCUUGGGGGAGUUGCAGAACAACAACUUCUGUGAUGUAGCCUGUGGCCGCGGUGAGAAGUCUGAGAGUAUUUUCUGUAUCACUUCUUCAGGGCUCCUCUGUGAGUUUAACGAUAAGAGGAUGCUGGAUAAGUGGGUAGACCUACGGACCAGUACAGCGAGUGCUCUUUCUGUCACUGAGGAGCUGAUCUUCUGCGCAUGCGCCGAUGGAACUGUGCGAGUGUUUAACCCGUCUGACCUGCGUUUUAUCUGCACCCUGCCUCGGCCUCAUCACUUGGGCACUGACGUAUCUGCUGUCACUCAGGCCAGUCACUUGUUCUCAAACAAACCAGAUGCCCGUUACCCUGACUCUGUAGCGGUGACCUACGACCCUGUUACUUUCUGGCUGUCGUGUGUAUAUAAUGACCACAGCCUGUAUGUGUGGGACGUUCAAGAUUUGCAAAGAGUGAGAAAAGUGUACUCUGGUCUCUACCACUCUGCCUGUGUCUGGGAUGUGCAGAUAUUCCCUGAAGUUAAAGAGGAACCUCCGACAGGGCUCGCUCCUUCAGGGCUGUUUUUCAGCUGCUCUGCAGACAGCACAGUCCGCAUGUGGAGAACAGAGCCGCACACCAACCCGGCCGAUAGCAAUCUCCUCAGCAAUGAUCUUCAGAAGGUGAUUUAUACGACGAGUAACAGUGCGUUCCUGUUGGACACAGAGGGAUCAGGCACCAGCUUCACAGAGAAGCCCGAGGAGCAGCCCACAGAGAGCCGAACAGGCAUCAGAAGCAUCUGUGUAAGUCCAGAUGGCAAACAUCUGGCCUCAGGACAUCAGAAUGGCACACUGAGAAUUCAUGAUCUCAACACAAUGGAGGAGGUUCUAAAGGCUGAGGUGCAUGACUCUGAGAUCCUGUGUCUGGAGUACUCCAAACCUGAGACGGGAAUGAAACUGUUGGCGACGGCGGGUCGGGAUCGCCUGAUUCAUGUACUGGAUGUUGAGGAAGACUACAGUUUAUUGCAGACCCUGGACGAGCACUCGUCCUCCAUCACAGCUGUCCGCUUUGCUGCUAAUGACGGCAAGGUGAGGAUGAUCAGCUGUGGAGCUGAUAAGAGUGUGUACUUCCGCACUGCCCACAAGGUUUUGGGAAGAGUACAAUUUAAACGCACGCACCACGUGGUAAGAAAGCGCACCUGUCAUGACCUUGUUGUGGAUCCCGCUUGCAAGUACGCAGUUGUAGGCUGUCAGGACCGAAACGUCAGAGUGUUCAAUAUAAGCAGUGGGAAGCAGAAAAAUUCCUUCAAGGGCUCUCGGGCUGAAGACGGCAGCCUUCUCAGGGUUCAGAUGGACCCGUCUGGCCUGUAUGUGGCCACCAGCUGCUCGGAUAAAAAUCUCAGCCUGUUUGACUUCCGAACCGGAGAAUGUCUGGCUCCCAUGUUUGGCCACUCGGAAAUCAUAACGAGCAUUAAAUUCACAAAUGACUGCAGGCACCUGAUCUCAGCCUCAGGAGACAGCUGUAUCUUUAUUUGGCGUCUUGCUCCCGAGUUGACCGGUAACAUGAGGGAGCGGCUGGAUCGGCUCACGCGCUGUCGGAGAGGGCCUACUUUCACAGAUUCGUUGAUUAGACGGGGCUCAACGAGCAGCCUAGAGAUGCACAGCACACUGUCUCUACUGACCUGCUCCUCUGAAAGCGAGGAAGAUGAUGAAGAAACAUUCGCAGAUUUACAGACAGAAGAUGACAAUCAUAUGCACCAGAUGUCAUUAGACGAGGAUCAGGGUGCUUUUGAUGAUGCAAUUGACUGGGACUCGUCUAAGUUUCAGGAGUCGUCCACGGGUUCGUGUGUGUCUGAGACGUCUUUAUCGGAGGUUCCACACAGAAGAAAACGCUGGAAUUGUAGGAUGGGUUCUUUGGAGUUGAUGGUGAAGUCCAUGCUGGAACUUCGGCAGUUUGACUCCUUUUCUAAGCCCGGGUCUCCCCUGAGUGGCUCCACGGAUCCGCUCAGCAACCAGGCCUGCGGCACAGCCACCAGCAUGCACAAAGACACCAAGCGGAGUAAAAAACGUCAGACUCGUCCUGAGUCUUCCUGGUCGGGUUCUGCCUCGUCUCCUGAACCAGAAGGUGUAGCGCAUAGCUCAGAACUAUACCCAUGUACUAGCAACUUCCCUGGAGCCUACCAGGAGCAGGUGGAGAAAGCCCCGAGCCAGGAGAGCCAGAGCCCCGACAGAGGCAGCUCCAUGGGAUACAUCAGUGGAGGAUCCAGCUCAGAGCAGGGCAAUGAAGGCUCGGAUGAUCCUGAGCCAGUCAGCACCGAUGAGGAGGAUGGGGGCGCCGCUAGAAUUAGGCCAUAUUACAAAGCAAAGAUCCCUGAACAAAAGGAUUUCCUCAAGACAAGCUUUGAGACAAUGGGUGACACCAACAUCAUGGGUAAUGAACUCAAACCUCAAAGCAGAUUUUCGGCAAGCUUCCUUGCCCCAGGCUCCACCUCCAGGAGGCACUCCGAUUUCCUUUCCAAGACUGAUAAGAAGUUCAAAAAAUGUGCUGGAUUCAAUCCCCUGGUGUCCACGGUACAUCCCUUGCAAAAGGACGAUGGUCAAGGGAUGAACUUGGAGCAGAGAGCAGACACCUGCAGUUCAGAGCAGCUAUACACAACCCCAAAGAGAAGGAAAACUUGCAUGGUGCAUAAUGUGACCAGCCCGAUAAGCAUGCCCAGAUUGGACAGCCCAGUAGACAAGCCGCUUCUAAAAUCCAUUUCAGCACUCAGUUUAACAACAAACAGUCGAAAGUGUGUAACCAUGCCCCAUUUGAGGCAAACAUCUCGAUCUUCCACACCCGAGCUUCACACAGACGGGAGUGAUUCAACUUCAAGGCACCAGCCUGCCACAGACUCGCCAUCUCACCAGCUUUGGGAAAGCCCAAACGCUAUCCGACGUCUUAAAGUUCGCUCAUACAUGAGUCCCACCACCAGCUCCAGAGCCAAAGUCAGCCGUUCCUUGUCCCUCAAAGAAAGUCUUCAUCAGAACCUGUCUGGGUCAUCCCUUAACAGUCCACCUCGUGCCAGCAUCCCUCUUUUGCCAUCGCUAUCUGCUCCCCUCCCGGGUCUGUGCAACACAACCGAAACAAGAUUGAGCCAAGGUGGAUGUCCCCCAAACCCAACUGCUAAGAUCUCCAAGUCCUGUGUCUCAGCCAGAAUAAGUAACCCUUUGACUGAGUAUCCCCGCAGGUCCACACCUACUCCCGGUACAGACUCUACUGUCACAAGUACUUUUGUUAAGACUGGAGUUGAACAUGAGGACAAAUGCUACACAAGAGUUCAGAUGGAACCUGCAAUGUCUGUGCUUCCUCAGUCUAUGUCUGUAAAAAACACACUGGGUCCUGAAACUUCCUCCCACACACUGCAACACCCCCUAGUGGAUGCCACAUGCAAGAAGCAGUCUGAUCAAGGAGAGCCCUCCAUAAACCUGGAGACCUGCAGACAGGCUGCUGUAGAGCUGUACAAUAGUGUGAAGAAGGCUACUCAGCUCUACACACUGGUGACCUCCUGUGUUGAAAAUGUGAGCUUGGAGCAGCAGGGGAUGAAGCGUGUGCUAAUGGAGGCGUUGUUCACGGCACACUCUGAGCUGGGCGCCGUUCCGGGACUCACUCGUCCUUCAGGCCCGACUGUACUUGGUGAAGGUGAAGAGAAGACAAUGGCUCUGCUGGAGCAAUACUCUCAGCUUCUACUGCAGUCUGUAGAGAAGAGACUUGAACACAAAGUCUAGUUUGAACAUCUAUAUGGGAUUUAAUAGCCUGAUCCUGAUCCUGUUAAUGUUUUAGUAAAGAUGGGAAUGAUGCACUGGAUGGCUUAACUACAAAUUUGGUAGUGUUGCACGAAUUUUAACUGUCUAGAUUAUUAUUAUUAUUAUUUAUUUUAAAAUUUUUUAGAUUUUUGGUGUUCAUUCUUUUCUUUCUGAGCACUGCCCUAAAGAAUGAGCAACCACAUUUUAUAGUGCGUUUUGACAUGAGCGAUUUAUGCAAGUAAAUAUAUAUAUUUUAAUGUGUCUGUGUUUUGUUUUCUAAGUAAGUAUACAUGUUUGUGUGUGUGUGUUUUUCUAUUUUAAUAAAGUUUUAAGCACA